GACAUCAUCGCCGUCAAGAGUGCAGCACCUGAUCCCAGAAGAGUAGGAUACGGGCAAUCAUUACGUCGUCUCGCAGCAGGCCGGUUGGAAUAGGGACGGCUACCGGGUAUGCUGUUCGCUGCUCUGAGUGACUCAAAAUAAUAAUGUAAAGAGAAAGCUCUCGGGAGCUGGCCGAGGGGCGACAAUGGAACCGAGCCCCGCGCUCCGAAGGGAACCAAGUCACCUCAACCAACUCAACCAAGUCUCCAAUCUCCAUCUCCAGUCUCCAGUCUCCACCGAAGUAUGAGAGGCACGCUGUGGGGGGACCCCAGAAUCCGACUGUUUUCUCGAAUCCGACCUCCUGUCAUUGGCCUGCCAUGCGCUGUGUCCGGUAUAAAAGGUUGACACCGUCAGCCCUCGCCCCUGCGCUCUGCCAGGUGCAAAUUGCACAGUCGAUUUUUCUCUCAAAAUGGCGGCUCCCAACCUGAAAGAUGAAGAGCCUAUGCAGAUUGAGCAUACCACCCACGACGAUGUCUUUGGAGAGAUCACGGACGAGGGUCCCAACUACCGCAAUGUCGGGUUCGUAGGAACCGUCAUUCUCAUGAUGAAGACCCAGAUUGGCAUGGGUGUUUUGGCCAUCCCGUCUGCCUUGGACGUCCUGGGUAUGGUCCCGGGCAUUAUCUGUCUGAUUAUCGUUGCCUGCAUCACCACCUGGUCCGGCUAUAUCAUCGGCACGUUCAAGCUUCAGCACCGUGAGGUCUACAGUAUCGACGACGCUGGUCAGAUAAUGUUUGGCCUGCCAGGCCGACUUAUCCUCUCGGCUGGAUUCUGUCUUUACUACAUUUUCAACAGCGGCUCCGCUAUUCUCAGUCUCUCGAUCGGCUUCAACGCUGUCUCGACGCAUGCGACUUGCACCGCUGUUUUUGUCGCCAUUUCCGCCAUCGCCGGGUUUGCCUUUUCUAGUAUCCGGACCCUGGGCCGAAUCACUUGGCUUGCAUGGAUCGGCCUACCAUGCAUCCUUAUUGCAAUUAUUAUGGUUACCAUUGCAGUUGGUGUGCAGGACCGCCCGGAUGCUGCACCAAAGACAGACGGCCCUUGGGUUUCUGACUGGAAGGUUGCUGGCGACCCUACCUUUGCAGAGGGCAUUGCGGCCGUUUCAAACCUCUUGUUUGCCUUUUCUGGAACUCCUGGGUUCUUCUCGAUCGUCUCCGAGAUGCGCGAUCCCAGCAAGUAUCCGGCUGCCAUGCUCAUUUGCCAGUCUGGUGUUACAGCCGUGUACCUGAUCAUCGGCUGUGUGGUUUACUACUACUGCGGUUCAUAUGUCUCGUCACCGGCUCUCAGUUCCGCCGGUGCCCUUAUCAAGAUCAUCAGUUACGCCUUUGCCAUACCGGGUCUUCUCGCAACAAUGACCAUCGUCACACACAUUCCCUCGAAGUUUAUCUUCGUCCACAUUCUCCGAGGCUCCCGGCACCUCAACUCCAACUCCCCAAUCCACUGGGCGACCUGGCUCGGCUGCACUUUCGGAAUCACACUCAUUGCAUACAUCAUUGCUAGCACUAUCCCAGUAUUCGACGCGCUCGUGUCGCUCAUCGGUGCCCUUCUCGGCCCCGUCAUGUGCAUCCAACCCAUGGGCUGCAUGUGGCUGUACGACAACUGGGCCAAGGGCAAGAACGAGCCGAAAAAGAGCAAGCGCUGGAUGCUUUUGGCCGGGUGGAGUGUGCUCCUUGUUGUUAUCGGUACCUUCUUAAUGGUUGCUGGUACUUAUGGCUCCGUCAAAGGUAUCAUGGAUGUUUACAAUGAGAGUGGAGGAUCGAGUGCCUUUUCUUGUAAGGACAACUCGAACUCGAUUUAGCUUGAACCUUUAAUAUCGGGGUUACUGGGCAGGGGAAGGAUGGCAGGCGGAUGAUAGAAAGAUAGACAAUCUCAACAAGACGGAUAUAGAUAUUUUGUUACAGCGAGUUUAUAGCACUACGGACAUAGACAAGAAAUUCUCACGACUUC